CAAAAAAAGGAAUAACGUCAUAGAACGAAGACGUCAUAAUCAUGUUAUCGUCUAUUAUGACGUAUUAGUAAUUGUUCUGUCGCUCUUUAUUAGAUCCAUAACGAAAAUACAUUGCAAUGUCUACCACGGGCCGACUUCAGAAGCUACUUAGAACAGAUGAAUAUCCUGAAUUCAAAAAUCAAAAUAUCAUCUUAGAAUCGCAGUUCGUAGAGUUAACCCACAAAGGCGAUCCUAUCAAAGCAGUUAUCAUUGGAAUCACUGACAAGUUCUUCAUUGUCGCCAUGGACGUCAUCAAUGAUCUCCGCAAGUCGCGUGCGAGCGUCCUGGUUCCGGAUAUUGACAUAGACACCGUGGACUUGGAGCUAGAAUGGGUGGUACCCAAUAUGCACGUCAUUCCGGAGCCCGUGCACAACGAGCUUGUGCUAGAUGUGCGUGGACACAACGACCAUCAUCGAUAUUUCAUGGUUUCAAUCACACGUGGGAACGGGAGCCGAAACAAAAUUUGGACAAAAUGGAUGAAACAUUUGGCUAAAAACAGCCCCGUCCCUGAUCAAUUUCUGAAAGAAAUCCCGCCUAAAUUUAAUAUGUCCAUGUUUAAAAAGGACAAGACUGUCUCUGAUGAUGCGAUAGUAAAAAGUUCGGUACAUAAAGUAACGUCUAUUGCGAAAGUUUUUAAAAAUAAAAUGUCGACACGAAAAAAAACAACUCCGUGUGCUCCUAUAGCUAACAAAUUACCCAGAAUUCCAACCGAUCUGUACGACACUAGAGGAAUCAUCAAAGAGAAGAAAAAGAGUUGUCUAUGCUGUUUUCCGAGAAGAAAGAAAAGAAUAAGAUCUUAGUUGUAAAAUAAUUUAUUUAAUAUUUACAUUUCAGAUGAUAUCUAAAUAAAAUUAUUUUUCAAAACAUUAAA